CCCAUCCAACCGUUUCAUAUAUAAAUCGCACCCCCACAAAAGAGUUUUGAUAUAUAUGCUUAACCAAGACAUAGACUCAGAGAGAGAGAGCUAGAGACACACAGAAUUAAAACAUAUCAACGUUUGACGACUUAGCUAGCACAGAGUACUAAGUUGUUUUUUUCCAGGCCAUGGCAGAGGAAUUUCAGACCGGUGUUUGCGGAGGGAACUGGUGGCUGAGUACAUCGAGAAGCCCGUUCGCCGGGAGCACAUCGCCGUGUUCCGUGGCACUUAACGACACGGGGGGCUAUGCGUGGUCGGAUAUGGUGGACAUGAAGGGAAGGUCGACGGCAUGUGAGGAGACUAACUCAGUUUCUGAUCGUAACUCCAUGGUUUUCCAAGAUGCGCAAAAGCCUCAGCAGGCAGAUUCUGCCAGUACUGGAAGCAGUAGCAUCUUGAUUGAUUCCACCUUGCAAAUGAUGGGUUUCGGUUUUUCAUCACCGUCAACAACAUCAUCGGAUUGGAACCAAGCUUUGCUCCGGGGUAGUGGGAGAGCUGAGAGCAAUUAUAAUUCCAUGAUGCACGAAGACAUGAAUUCAAGGUUGAAUUACCAACAAGAAAGAGGGCUAGAUUCUUCUCAAAUCCAAAAGAAUUGGAGCCCCAAGAAUUUCUCCAGUGGAGGUGAUCAAGAUUUAUCCAUCACUGCAGCUUUGAAGUCUAUAAAUCAGGAUUUUUCUUUGGACACAGUCAGUAGCUCCGGCAAUUGUACAGUGACUUGCCAGGGAUUAUCCGCCGGCUUUCCGGUGGGUUCAACUCCAUAUGGGUACCCUUCAACAGUCUUACAAAGUUUAUUUGAUCAUCCUGACUCUCAACCGCAGCAAUCUCUAUUCAACAAUCAGUCCAUGAACUAUUCUUCCACCGCUAAUUAUGGGACGAACACUAAUAUUGAUCAAUUAUUGCCUUCUUGGCCUAAGUUCUCUCCCUCUAUGUCAAAGCAGCAGCAGCAGCCGCCGCCUUGGGGAUUGCACUUCUCCAACAAAACACCCUUUUGGAAUGCUUCCACGGCUGCUCUAAGUGACAAUGCUCGAGCAGGAAUUUUUCCUUCAUCGCAACCACAAUAUCUUCUGCCAACAUUUGAAGAGAAACCCAAGUGCUCCAACCUCCCCACAAAGCCCAACAUUGAUGAUGUUCAAGACUCGGUCUCUGUGGUGAAGAAAAGUAACAGUGAACCUGUAUUCAAAAGGCCUAGAAUUGAAACUCCAUCACCGUUACCAACUUUUAAGGUCCGGAAAGAGAAGCUAGGGGACCGAAUAACUGCACUCCAGCAAUUGGUUUCACCUUUCGGAAAGACUGAUACAGCCUCCGUUCUCCACGAAGCUAUUGAAUACAUCAAGUUCCUCCAUGAGCAAGUCAGUGUUUUAACUAAUCCAUAUAUGAAAAAUGGAACUACCCCAAUUCAACACCAGCAGGGUUCCGACAAACAUCAGCAGGACACGGAAGGCGCAAAACAAGAUCUAAGAAGCCGAGGACUCUGUUUGGCUCCGAUUGCAAGCACAUAUCCUGUCGCUAACGAGACCACAGCUGAUUUUUGGACGCCAACAUUUGGAGGAACAUUCAGGUAGGGAAGAGAGUGAGGCCAAAUAUGGUGUUCUACAUAUAUACCAAAACAAAUAGUAUAUAGUAUGAACAACUUGAGCCAAGUUAGAAAUGAUAAUUUAAAUUUAGAAAUUAAGAAAGAAAGAAAAUUGGGAAACGUAGAAGCUACAAGUGCUGUGCUGUACCAGUGAUGAGGAAAAGCAAAAAGGGAGAAAAGGAGAAAGAGAAAAUAAAGGGAAGUGACCCUUCAAAGACGGACGACAGGCAGUGCUGGGCCAGCUGCAAGCAGAAUGAUGUGUAGGGUAGCAAAUGAUUAGAGGCCUCUGGAAGAGAGAAUACAGGUGUACGUUGUAGUAAUUACCCAAGUAUUAAAUAUAGUUAGAUCGAUGAUCAGGUGGGUUUGGAGCAGGAACAGCUGCUAAAUUCAGCGGAAGUUGACACUAGUUUAGAGAUAAUUUGCUGGUGUUGUUGUUGUUGAUAGCUGAAUUUAGCAGGAAGGGGGCUUAAAGGGCCUUUUGUUCCUGUUGUUGUAUGUCUACUAAAGCUGGCAUGGCACCACCUUUUAUUUAUGUUAAUGAAAACAGGAAAAAAAAAAGAGGAGAAGAAAUAAAGGAGAUUAUUGUAUUGAA